ACUUCCACUUGCACUCUCCGUUCAACUGGACAGCCGAGCACCUAGCAAAAUGAAAUUCUUCUUGUUCUGCGCCUUCAUCGCCGCCGUGGCCGCCGAUGUCAGCCACCUGCCAUCCAGCCAGUACCUGCCCCCCAGCCGUGGUGUGGCCUCGGCUCCCGUGGCUUCCUACGCCGCUCCUGCCCCCAGCUACAGCGUAGAGGCCUCGGCUCCAGUUGCCUCCUACUCCGCUCCCGUUGAGUCCAGCUACUCCGCUGCUGCUUCUGCUCCAGCGGUGUCUUAUGCUGCUCCAGCUGUGUCCUACGCCGCUCCUGCCCAGAGCUACUCUGCUCCCGCUGCCACCUACACCGCUGCUGCUUCUGCCCCAGCUGUGUCCUACGCCGCUCCUGCCCAGAGCUACUCUGCUCCCGCUGCCACCUACACCGCUGCUGCUUCCGCCCCAGCUGUGUCCUACUCCGCUCCCGCUGAGUCCUACGAGACCGCUGCCUCUGAGCCCGCCCACACCUUCUCGGCCAACGAUGGAUACCGCUACAAGACCCAGAGGCGCGUCGUCCUCCGUCGUCAUCGUCGUGGUGUGCCUUCCAACGACUACCUGCCCCCCUUCCAGGGAGCCGCUUCUGCCCCAACCAGUGAGUACCUGCCCCCAGCAGCUUCCGCCCCCGCUCCCGUCUACCAGCCCGCCCCAGCUGCCUCUGCCCCAGCUGUGUCCUAUGCCGCCCCAGCUGCCGAGCCCGUUGAGAGCUACGAAACCGCUGCUUCUGCUCCUGCCCACUCCUUCUCCUCCAACGAUGGAUACCGCUACAAGACCCACAAGCGUGUGGUGCUCCGCCGUCACCGUCGUGAUGUGAGCCACCUGCCCUCCAACGAUUACCUGCCCCCAGCAGCCUCUGCCCCCGAACCAGUGUACUCCGCUCCCGCCCAGAGCUACUCAGCUCCCGCUGCCACCUACACCGCUGCUGCCUCCGCCCCAGCUGUGUCCUACGCCGCUCCUGCUCAGAGCUACUCCGCUCCUGCUGCCACCUACAGCGCUGCUGCUUCUGCCCCAGCUGCCUCCUACGCCGCUCCCGCCCAGAGCUACUCUGCUCCUGAGUUCUACACCGGCGCCGCUUCCGCCCCAGCUGCCUCCUACUCCGCCCCAGCUGCUUCCUACUCCGCCCCCGCUGAGAGCUACGAGACCGCCGCCUCUGAGCCCGCCCACUCCUUCUCCGCCAACGAUGGAUACCGCUACAAGACCCAGCGUCGCCGCGUCCUCCGCCGUCACCGUUACUAGAGGCUCCAACGAACCCCCAGCAAACCGAGUUUAAUUCUGUUAUUUGACUCACUGGUUUCACCUGGGAAACGAAAUUGAGAAAUUCAUAAAUAAUAAAAAUAUUGAAAAAUA